AUGCGAUUACUACACCGUCAGUAUCAUCCAACCAUGUCCAGUCGGUCGACGUCCUCCCCUUCAUCAUUGACGGCCAACAUACGCUUUGCGCUCGUCCUCUGCCUAGCCGUCGUCGUGCUGCUACCCAGCCCCGCCGCAGCGCGCAUGGCUUUCGAAAAGCUCACAGACUACGAUUUCGCUGGCACCACAUACUACAGCGUCAAGAAUCUGUCGCUGUACGAGUGUCAGGGCUGGUGUCGCGAGGAGGCCGAUUGCCAGGCGGCCGCUUUCAGUUUUGUCGUCAAUCCGCUGUCACCCUCACAGGAGACACACUGCCAGCUGCAGAACGAUUCGUCAGCACACAACCCCUCAGCGGCGCCGCAACGCUCCGCCAACAUGUACUACAUGGUAAAAUUGCAGCUGCGCAGCGAGAAUGUCUGCCAUCGGCCGUGGGCGUUCGAGCGUGUGCCCAAUAAGGUUAUACGUGGUCUGGAUAAUGCGCUCAUCUACACCAGCACCAAGGAGGCCUGCUUGUCGGCGUGUUUGAAUGAGAAACGCUUCGUUUGUCGAUCGGUCGAAUACGAUUACAAUAACAUGAAAUGUGUAUUGAGCGACUCGGAUCGUCGCAGCUCGGGUCAAUUUGUGCAGCUGGUCGAUGCGCAAGGCACAGAUUACUUUGAGAAUUUAUGCUUGAAGCCAGCGCAGGCGUGCAAAAACAAUCGCUCGUUUGCAGUGGCACGUGUGGGUGUAUCGGAAGAGAAGGUCGCCCAAUAUGUGGGACUUCACUACUACACGGACAAGGAAUUGCAGGUCACUUCGGAGUCCGCCUGCCGGUUGGCUUGUGAAAUCGAAACGGAAUUCUUGUGUCGUUCCUUUUUGUAUCUCGGUCAACCGCAGGGCUCACAGUACAACUGCCGUUUGUUCCACUUGGAUCACAAGACACUGCCAGAUGGUCCUUCGACUUAUCUGAAUCACGAACGUCCACUAAUAGAUCACGGUGAACCGAUAGGACAGUACUUUGAGAAUGCUUGCGAGAAGACGAACUCACCACCUGGUACUUUGGACAAACUGGACACGCUGCCCGUGAGUCUGGACACCACCGAAGAUCCGAACUUGACCAACAUUACCAGGACUGAUGUGAAUUGCGAUAAAACAGGCACCUGCUAUGAUGUUUCCGUUCACUGCAAGGAUACCCGCAUUGCCGUUCAAGUCCGCACCAAUAAACCCUUCAAUGGCCGCAUCUAUGCUCUGGGACGCUCUGAGACUUGCAAUAUUGAUGUCAUCAACUCUGAUGCCUUCCGUUUGGAUCUGACCAUGGCUGGACAGGACUGUAAUACGCAAAGUGUAACCGGCGUCUACUCGAAUACAGUAGUUCUCCAGCACCACAGCGUUGUGAUGACCAAGGCAGAUAAGAUCUACAAGGUGAAAUGCACCUACGACAUGAGCUCGAAGAACAUCACCUUCGGCAUGAUGCCAAUACGCGAUCCUGAAAUGAUACACAUCAACUCAUCGCCUGAAGCACCACCGCCAAGAAUUCGCAUACUCGAUACACGCCAGCGUGAAGUGGAGACUGUCCGCAUUGGUGAUCGCCUCAACUUCCGCAUCGAAAUACCUGAAGACAAUGUUGCUCAAGCUCCCUACGGUAUCUUUGCUCGGUCCUGCGUCGCCAUGGCCAAGGAUGCACGCACCAGCUUCAAGAUCAUCGAUGACGAUGGCUGUCCCACCGAUCCGACAAUCUUCCCCGGCUUCACCGCCGACGGCAAUGCACUGCAAUCGACCUAUGAAGCUUUCCGUUUCACCGAGAGUUACGGCGUCAUCUUCCAGUGCAAUGUCAAAUACUGUUUGGGUCCGUGCGAGCCAGCCGUGUGCGAAUGGAAUAUGGAGUCGUUUGAAUCGCUGGGCAGAAGACGUCGCCGACGCGCUGUGGACAGCAAUGAGACCAAGGAAACCGAUGAUGAUAUGAACAUUUCACAGGAGAUUCUAGUCUUGGACUUUGGCGAUGAGAAACGUGAAUUCUUCAAGGCGGAUCCAAGCACAGACUUUGCCAAAGAUAAGACUGUCACCAUUAUUGAGCCCUGUCCGACGAAGACUUCCGUGCUGGCGCUGGCCGUCACUUGUGCGCUCAUGAUUUUGCUCUACAUUUCGACGUUGUUCUGUUAUUACAUGAAAAAAUGGAUGCAACCUCACAAAAUUGUAGCAUAAAAAUUACGCGAGAAACAUACACACAAACACUUACAUUACAUUUCCAUACAAGAAACAACAAAAAUCAAAUGUAACACAGGGGUAUUGGACUAAAACAGCAAAGUAAUUUAAUUUUAUGGGUUAAAUAGUAUGACAAUUCAAAAAAAUAUUUCAAAGAAAACCAACAUCUAAAUUUAUAUAAAAGAGCAGGAAAGUUAGUAACUUAAGCAUAAGUUUAAAGAUAUAAGUAACAAAUGAUAAUGCAUUUCAUAAUGUUAAGCUUAGCAAGAGUCUAAAAAAAGCUAAAAAGCUGCAUGCCCCAAAAGCUGUCAACGUGAGCUUAAAAGCUACAAAGCUUUGAAUUAUUAUUUUUUUUUUGAGGGGUAAUACCAGUAUAUUGGCUUGCAAAUAAUUUGUGCAUUAAUAAGUUAUAAACUAUAUUUGUAGAUUUAGUUAAAUCAUAUGAAAGCUCGUAUACAUAAAAGCUCAUUGGGGGAGCUUUUUUUAAGUUUAGUCUUAAUUUUUUAAUUUUAUUUUCUAUAAAACUAUUAACUAACAAAUAUUUGGUGACCGAAUUGAGCGUGCUUUCGAAGCUUUUUCGAGAGCUUGUUAAGUAUUCAGAGAAAGUUUGCGAUUAAUUAAAACAGAAAAGAGGUUUUUUAACUUUAAGAAUUCAACACUUUUAAAGUCAGAAGUUCUUCAUAGCUUUUUUGGAAGUUUUAAGCAUAAAAAGCUUUUUUAAAAGCAUAGAAAACUUGCAAUUGUCGGAGUUGAGACGAAGGUUUUCAGCUAUACAAUAACUAGCUGUGAAAAAGGGGCCUUGGGAGCUUUUUGAAGUUUAGAGCUUUAAGAGCUUAUAUUGAAUUAAGCUUAAAUAAAUUUUAAACGAUUUUUUUACAGCUCUUUUGCUCAAAAAGACGGACGUUGAUGUGGAUCAAAAUGCUUUGCUUAUUAAUCGAAAGCUAGGCAUGGAAAACAUUCUAUCGAAAGCUUGCGAAAAAUUUCGUUCUAAAAAAGUAACACCACUUUAGAAGCAGAAAAGCUUUGCCUUCUUUAUAUAUCAAGAAGUCAUUUUUUAAGUGGACUUUUCAAAGCUUAAAAAAUCCUCGACAUUUCUUCUGGAAAUCGCUAGUUAGAACAUUUGAAGGCUUAGAGGUGAGCUCCCAAAAAAGCACUAGCAGGAUACUUUCAAGCGAAAGUUGAAACACCUGUUCAAAAAUGUCACUAAAUUUAUUUAGUUGAAGAUUUAAGUAAAAUUUAAAAAAUACAGAGAAACGACUUGCUUGCACUUAAUUAAAAUAUCCUAAAAUUCACAAGCUCUAUUGAAAGCUUGAGUGAAAGCUCUCAUUAAAAAUACGUACAUGCUUCAGAGAAUGCUUCAGCAAAAUUUUAAAUGAAUAGUGUUCACUUUUUUCAGGGAAAGCCCUAAUGAAAGCUCAAAAGUACAGAUUGAAUUCCACCACAGUGCAAGCUCAAGUGAAAACGCCUUUUCCAAUACUAAAAACUAAACAGCUACUUCUUUACUUAACAAAAAUUUAGUUUUUAUCUAAAGCUUAACUUUUUAGCAAACAAGGCACACUUUCUAUGAGGUUCCGAAAUGUAUUUCUUGCUUAAGAAAUGUACGCUCGCAAGCAUGAACAUUUGGAAUCUACGUAUAGAGAUUGUGCUUUAACUAAAA